CUGGGCAGCUGGAAGCGCUGGGUCUCCCAGCUUCCUUUCCUGCGCCUCUCCCUCCGGGACUACGGUUUCUGCAUGGCCACCCUGCUGGUCUUCUGCCUGGGCUCCCUCUUCUACCAGCUCAGCGGGGGACCCCCUCGCUUCCUGCUCGACCUGCGGCAGUAUUUGGGAAAUUCCACUUACUUGGAUGACCAUGGACCACCUCCUAGUAAGGUGCUGCCCUUCCCCAGCCAGGUGGUGUACAACAGAGUUGGCAAGUGUGGGAGUCGCACUGUGGUCUUGCUUCUGAGAAUCUUGUCAGAGAAGCACGGAUUUAAUUUGGUCACGUCGGACAUUCACAACAAAACCAGGCUUACUAAAAAUGAACAAAUGGAACUGAUUAAAAAUAUAAGUACUGCCGAACAGCCCUAUUUAUUUACUCGACAUGUUCAUUUCCUCAACUUCUCAAGGUUUGGAGGAGACCAGCCUGUCUACAUCAACAUCAUCAGAGACCCCGUCAACCGGUUUCUGUCUAACUACUUCUUCCGUCGAUUUGGAGACUGGAGAGGGGAGCAGAAUCACAUGAUCCGCACGCCCAGCAUGCGGCAGGAGGAGCGCUACCUGGAUAUCAAUGAGUGUAUUCUCGAAAACUAUCCCGAGUGUUCCAACCCCAGGCUAUUUUACAUUAUCCCGUACUUCUGUGGACAGCAUCCCAGAUGCAGGGAGCCUGGUGAGUGGGCCCUGGAAAGAGCAAAACUGAACGUGAAUGAAAACUUCCUGCUUGUGGGGAUCCUCGAAGAGCUGGAAGAUGUGCUGCUGUUACUGGAAAGAUUUUUACCUCAUUACUUCAAGGGUGUGCUCAGUAUCUACAAAGACCCAGAGCACAGGAAACUUGGAAACAUGACUGUGACCGUGAGGAAAACUGUCCCCUCCCCCGAGGCCGUGCAGAUUCUCUACCAGCGAAUGAGGUACGAGUACGAGUUCUACCACUACGUCAAAGAGCAGUUCCACCUGCUGAAGCGCAAGUUCGGACUGAAGUCACAGGUCAGCCAGCCCCCUCUGAGGCCCCAGUUCUUCAUCCCAUCUCCGCUGGAAACCGAGGAGCCCAUUGGCGACGAGGAACAGGAUGACGAGAAGUGGCUCGAAGAUAUUUAUAAGAGUCCUGAGCGGAGACAGCCGGAGGACAGGCUGCGGCAGACACAGCUUGCGAGCUGCGUGGUGCAAACACGGAGGCAGCUGAACCAGGAAGCAGAGCGCUUGACUGACUAGGGCAAGGAAUAUGCGCCGGCAAAGUCCCCAAGUUCAAGUCCCAGCUGGUCUGUUUCACUGGGUGCUUGAGUGAAUCACUUGACCUCCUCAUGCCUGAAGUCAAUGCAGCUGGAAAGCCUUAGGAAGAAAAUAGGACAUCCAUUGAAAACCAAGAGCUGCUUCUGGGAUAAAGCUUGUCCCUCCCUCCACUCCCAUAUGCUAAGAGACUGAAAACCACAAUCCUGGGGCUGAAAAAUAUUCGGGUUUUUUCCUCACAAAAUGCUGUGUCCCAAGCAAGAAAGACUAGAAUUACACAUAAAUCCAGGCCCACUGAUGCCACCAGUCCCCCAUAUCUGCAAGUAUUAUGCCCAGUGUAGCCAGGGUCCAUGGAAAACAGCCCUCCUAUAUUGUGAUGUGAGUUAGAGUUAUUACCCCAUGCCAUUAUCCUAGACAAACCACUCUGUGGAUCCCCACUUUUCUCUAACACUCCAUUGGGGAGGAGUUUAUCUAACUGUGAGUUACAGAAUUCAUCUUUACCCCACAGUUUCUACUAAAUGCAGGCUUCCUCCAACCUCCUUCAGGUUUUCCUGUGUAUCUGUGAUUCUGUUCAUUAUAAGAAGCCUCAACACCCAUGCGAUUUAGUACAGGUUGUGUACAAGGAAAAGUCUUAAUAAACGUCCAAAACCUGUA